AUGAAGUUGAGUGGGAAAGGACUGUGCACCAUCGUAUCCGGCUGCCUGCUCUUCGUCUGUGCCAUAAGCGCCGUUGUCGUCGGUUUCAAAUGCAUCGCUCUGGGCUCCAAAGUCAGAGCGCAUUUCCACCUUGGAACCGCGGCCGGUGCUUUCUACUCGGGAAUACUAGUGGGACUUGGGCAAGUGAUCCUAGGGUUGGCACUGGUCUGCUGCAAGGGGAAGCGGAAUUUCUUUCUCGUGGGGAUUCUGGUGUUCUUGCUGGGAGUUCUCACCGCCUUCUCCGGCGCUGUGCUGGACGGCGACGCGGUCUCGCUGGUGGAGCGGAAAUACUCCCACUACUGCCUCGACUUGGUGGAUAUAAACCCCUUCUGCGAGCAGCUCAAGACUUAUCAGAGGGGACUUGUGGUGUCCACCAUCCUGAACACAUUGGAAUGUAUUCUGGGGCUUAUGAACUUAGUGAUCAUUAAGCGGUACAAGGCGGCACAGUUUUACAGAAGGAGGCACUCGCAGCGACAAGGAACAGGGCCAUUCAUUUUCAGCGAGGAGCGAGACUUUUCAGCUGCGGAAUUUCAACCGGUGUCUUACAUUAACCUGGGGGUAUUUCACGUCUUUGACGAGGCUGGAGUUGAGGUACACUGUGGGGGCCAUCCGUCCAUCGAGCUACCGGGCUACUCGCCCACGGAUCCGGAUCUCAACCAUUCUUACCCUUUCUCGUACCCUCUCCCGAACGAGUUGCCCCCUGCGUACGAGGACAUUUUCCCUGGAGAAGCAAGUAACAAGUAGCAACUGUUUUAACGGCUUAGAAAAGUUAAAACAUGGGCUCUAAAUUCUGCAGUGACAAUCAGUGUUCCCCCUUGAACGUCAGAUGUAGUUGGGUUCAAACUGGGACAAACAUGAAGAGUGUUAUUGUUAAUUCACUACCAGUGCAGAACUCUGUUCAUGGUUUUAUUUAUUUGGGUAAGUCCGUUACCAAAUGCAAUGCUGCCAACGAACUACCUGGCUGAGAUAAAUGAAAAUAGGGAUGAUAACAUAAAGAAAAUUACAAAUGAGCUACAGCGUAAGAUUCUAAAAGAAUUUUAAAAUAUAUGCGACGCAAUUGUUAUUUUCAAUCCAAUUGUAUGAUCAUCUUAUGCCCAUGUCCUUCAUUGAUGUCAUUUUAUUGUUUUCCUCCACAUUGCCUACGUUCUGCAUAUAGUAUGAAUAAAGAUAUUUAC